AAAUUACCACUUCAUAUAGAUAAUUUUGAUGAUUAUGUUUAUGAUAUAAUAGAUUAUAUGAGAAGAAUUAAUAAUUCCAUAGUUUUAGAAAAAUCUAUGCAGAAGAAUACAUCAAAUAAAUAUACUAUAGAAAAUCGAGAAGAACUUCUUCCCAUGUAUUUAGUUGGAUUAUCAAUGGGUGGGAAUAUUGUUUUAAGAACUUUAGAAAUAUUAGGAAAAUCAAAUGAAAUAAAUUCUAAUUUGAACAUAAAAGGAUGUAUAUCUUUAGCUGGAAUGAUAUCUGUUCGAAUGGUGGGUUCUAUAGAUUCAAUUAAAUAUAGAUAUUUUUAUUUACCAGUAAUGAAAAUAUUUUCUCGGUAUUUUCCAACUUUUCGACCUGGAAAAAAGAAAUUCAAAUUUGAGAAAUAUCCAUUUGUUAAUGAUCUGUUAUUUUAUGAUAAAUAUAGAUUUAAAGGACGAAUUACAAAUAAUCUUGCCCGUGAAAUUUUGGUUGCAUUAGAUAAUUUACAUAACAAUAUUGAUGAUAUUCCUAAAAAUAUACCUAUAUUAUUUAUUCAUUCAAUUAAUGAUUGUCUUUGUUUGUAUGAAGGGACAGUGUCAUUUUACAAUAAAUUACAAAUUGAAAAUAAAGAACUUUAUACUUUAGAAGAUAUGGAUCAUGUAAUAUCAAUGGAACCAGGAAAUGAAAAUGUUUUAAAGAAAAUUCUUGAAUGGAUUUCAAAUUUAUACGUGAAAUAA